CGUUCACGUGGGAGCCUGUCCACAUGGGCCGAGUUUAAGGAGCUGGGCACGUGGAAGAAAUCUCACCGCAGGACGCCCCGCCACCGAUUUGGAAGGGUCCUUCACCCCAGUGUCUGCUCCAAGUGACACAAAGCAUGAGUUAAAAGACAGUACAACCCACCGUCUCCUAGAAACUUAUUUAUGUCUCCGUUAAGUGCGGUAACUAGCGGGUGACAGGUUUCUUGUAUGUUUUCUUUUUGGAUGUGUAUCUAAUGGUAAUUAAGAAAAAGUAAUACAAGAGCUGGAGGCUUAGAAUUGUUAACAGUGCUAUUGGGAAGCCUAAACAAAGCAGAACUUCUGUGUACAGAGUAAUGUUAGGAUUCCCGUAAUCUACAAGUAUUUGAGUACCUUGUGAGUCAUUUCUCCUGGACCUUGGGAGUCCAUCCCACACACCCCUCUUCCUAUGUGCAUUGGACAUUACAGUAGGAUGAAAGACACAUCAGUGAUAAAGUGAUAAAUGCUGUGAAGGAAAUAAAAUGUGCUGGUGGGCAUUUUUAGCAUUUGGUGUUUUCUAGAAUAAGGGUCUUGGAUUGUGACUAUAGAUUAUUAAGGGUACAUAAAGUUACAUUGAAAGAGUUAAUGGGAAACUAUUUGGCUUUGAUGGAGUAAGCCAUACUUGAAUAAAGCAUUAAAUAUCAACGGUACUGGCCUGCCUAAUAAUGACUAACUUCAAACUAGCAAGAACUAAAAAUUAUACUUAAAGGAUUUAAGUGUUUUGUAUUACUGUAAUUUUGGCCUGUAUUCAGGAAGUUACAUCCUCACCGAAAAGUAACUGAAUUUCAGUGGUUUUAAUCUCUCCCCAAAUUGACAAAACUGAAUUCUAUCAACUAAGCGUGGUUAGGAACCCAUGCGCAAGAAUGAAUGGUUUUGGUGCUACUUUAAAAGAGGUGGCAAAGACGAUUUCUCAGGUGAUACCUGAAGGCACAGAUCUAUAAACCCAGCUACUUUGGGAGCAGGGGUGGGAGGAGACUGAGGAAGGAAGCUGGCAAGUUAGAGUCCUGGAGCUUGUCUUAAAAGUUAAGUAAAAGAGCUGAGUGGUAGGAAACUUGCCCAGGGUUUGCACAAAUCUACACUUAAUUGUUAGUACUGCAAAUAAUGUAUGCCUGUAUGGAUAUGUAUCAUGAGCUAUGCAGGUGAAUACCCUUUAUCUGAAAUGUUCAGGACCAGAAGUGUUUUCAGCUUUUGUUUGUGAAUUAGGAGAUAUUUGGAUAUAUUAAAUAAUGGAGUGUUUCUUGGGCUAGGGCCCAAUUCUGAACAUAAAUUGAACUUUUACUUUGUAUAAGCCAGGGUACUUACACUGAAGGACAUUUUACAACCUUUUUUCUAAAGUUAGAGUUUGCCUGAGACCUGUCCAGACAAAGUUGGAGCAUGUUAGUUCCCAGAACAUUGUAAAUUCCGUAGCAUUUCAGAUUUCAUUACAAGGUGCUACCUGGAUUAGGUCUUCCUUUUACAGCCUCUAGUCCCCUGAGAUAGCUUGUAAACUACCACCCUCAUCCCACUUUUUUGUCCAGACUUUUGUUUUUUCUUGAUGCUUUCCCUAUGUAGCUCUUGUGUGUCUGGAACUCAGGAUCCACUUUCCUCAGUCCUUGGAGUCACCUUUGGCUCUGCCAGAUUUUCAACCCUGGUUUGAAUUACUUUGAGGAGGCCUAAUGUUUAGCAUGCAAGCAUUGCUCUAGGAAACCUAAGCGAUAUAUGGAGAAGAUAGGGGUGUGUGUGUGUGUGUGUGUGUGUGUGUGUGUGUGUGUGUGUGUGUGUGUGUGUAUUUUUUCCUCCCCAAGGGAAAUUGUUCAAUAGCUGAGCUGAACAUUUGUUCUUAAUUAAAGAAAUUUAUAUUACAUUCCUCUUGGCUCUGCAGAACCCUGGGUAUUGAGCAGUAUUGGGAUGAAUUUAGGGAUUUGGAGUGAGGUUAAAGAUUCAAAAACUGGAUAUACUAUUAACUAAUUUGGUUACCUUUGCAGGUUGCUUUAGCCUGGAAGUAUUAUAAAACCUAUUCAGGAGUUUAAUACGGCCUUUAAUGAUGAUGAACCAGAUAGUUGUUCUAACCCUUUCUACAUUCAAACGUUUCUGUAAUGAUUGAAUUUACUCUUUUGUUUUGCCUGAUAAUUGAUUACCCUAGGAUGAUACUUAAUGCUUCUACUCCUUGGGCCUUUGAGAGAAUACAUCUUUUAAAUCUGUAGCUCAUAUGUAAUAGCUGAUAACUGUACAUUUGCCUUUUUACCACUUUUAUUCUGUACUUACCUGUGUAUGUUUUGGUUUCUUUACAAAGCCAGAUUUCUGAAGCCUAUACCCCACAGCUUUUUGUCACAAAGCAUCCCUGUGCUAUGACACAUUCAGUGACUGGGUGUAGGUAGGUAGCUUGUCUGUUGGUUUCAAACUCAGCAUUGACUUAAAAUCAUGUGGAUAAAAAUACUAGUCAUGAGUGUAGUGCCUGCCUCAGGAGUGGAAGUGCUGAGUUUUGUAUCAAAAGGACUUAGUCACUAAUACUUUAAACCAACAUUAGAUAAAGGAGACAACUGAAAUUGCACGAGAAAUGGAGGCAAUCAAAGAACCUUCUUAUCACAGUGAUUUAAUUUUAAGCCAUCUUUCAUCGUGUAACUCAUACUAAAAAUUAUACACAAGGCUGGGGUGUAUCUUAGCAGAUGAGCUGUCUCCAUAGUGCAGCCACUAACUUCCAUAGUGACUUGCUGGGUUUCUCUAGCCCUACAGCAAAAUGAGUGAAUACAGUGUCAUAUCCUCUUUCUCUGUCUUUGUGUCUUGUCUGUGAGUUGAUUUCCUGAUACAAUCCUCAACAGUUUGCUGCCCCCUAGUGUUUGAUUUACUUUGAAGUUUCUUGGCACCUGCCCUUAGACUGCAUUCCCUUGGAUGCACCUAUGGCUUUCCAGCUGCUCACUGCUGCCAAUAAGAAUGUGUAGCUAUUUUUUUUUAAACUGAUUGUGAUUACAUUUAGCCCUGAGUUUUCUAAGUGGGGGGAAAAAAAAACUGGAUAGACAGAGAAUCAAGGUACCUUCCAAAAGAAUAUGUGGGCUAUUUUUGUUUUUAAUUGCAAAAGCAAUUUGUUAAAAUUAGAGAGGUAAAUGUUUGAAGUUAGCUUUGUAUGUGAACAGUUUUCUUUAUUUAAUCUGGGCUUCUUGUCUUGAAAAGGGUUGUAAACUUUCUGGCUUAUUUUGAACCAUGUAACUGUGUUGUGCUGAUAAUAAAGUUUGAAAACGUCAAAAUCACAUGGUGACUUUGUUUUAAAAAUUAAUUUUUGAAAAAAAGAAAGUCUCUAGGUUAUUACCAUUAGAUUUCUUCAUCUUUUAUGGUUUCAGAUAUUGCCAAUUAUCAGUUUCCAAAACAUUUGUUUUUAUAAAAUCUGUGGUUGGGCCACAGUCAUGCUUAGAUUUUUCUGAAAUAAGAAAAUAUUUUAAUUCUCGGUUAAAACUUACUGAAACAUUUAGAAGUGUGUUCAAUAGGUAUAAAGCAAUAUAAAACUGAAAUGAGAAAUUUUAAAUAACACAGUUACUGAAAUCAUUACCAGCUCACUGUAGGCCAUCUGUAGUACUUAGAAAUGUUAUUGUUGUAUUCUAUUCUGUCACAUAACAGUAUAGAAUAGAAUGUUAUUUUCAUAAUUAUUUUUAACGUAUUCAGGAUUGUAGGCUAUCCAGGUUCAGGGACUGGAUACCAAAUGAACUUUUAUUGUUAAAAAUGUUCUAAUGGGAUACUAAUAGCUACAGGUUUAUUCAAAUUAUAGAUAGCGUCUUGUUCCAGUCAGGGUUUUCUUUUUUUCUCUCCCUCCUCCUCUUCCUCCUUCUCCUCUUUCUCCUCUUCCUUUUCCUCCUCCUCCUUCUCUUUCUCCUCUUCUUCCUCUUCUUUUUGGUGGUGGUGGUUUUUCUAUUUUUUUUUAUUUUUUUUCGUGGUUAAUAGUAGAAGAUUUUAUAAUUACCCACUAUAUAAGUUCACUUUUUAAUUCUUUUAGAAGAUACUUUGCUAUUGAAAGAAAGGGAAAUAUCAGCUAAUAGUUUUUGAAUUAACAUUUCAACAGCAAUAAUUUUGUCCUUACUUUAUAUUCAACUUUUAGAGCCAGUUCAUUACAAAAAAGCUUUUAGGGAUGAGACAUAAUUCAGAAUGUUGUAGGGAGCAUCCUUAUUGACCGGAGUUAUACCAGAAUUCCUGCGAACUGUAGCAGAGGCCAGUCUUUAUUCCUCUCAUUCAUCUGAGACUUUUCAGUGAUCAGUUUAGGAUUCAAGUUGAUUUUCGUUCAAUAUAGGAGUUAGAAAAUCUCAGUUGCAGUGAGGUAAUAAAGAUCUGUAUCCUACUGUGCUGUUUGAUGUCUUAAGACAUUUCAGGUGAGACGUUUAACAAACCGAGAGUAUUUGUGAAUUCACUGUCACGUAUUUUAUGAUCUUUGACUUUUAAAAUAGUCGUUUCUCCUGAAUUAGUUUCUAGUUUAUUUUCUGAGGUGUGUUUUAUGUGGGCUAAAUUGGUGCAGUAAUGAGACGAAUCUUUGGUGAGCUGUCUUUGGAUGUGCCUUGCUCAUUCACGUCUCAUCCAUGGCUGCAAAUGAGAAGGUGUGUCACUGAGUAGGAUGUGGGGACAGCAGGUACCCACUCUGCAGCUUUAUCUGGCUAGUGUAAGUCUUCCAACCCCGGACCCAUUCUUAAUAGUUCAUUGUAUUCUACUUGUUGCUCUUAAGUAUUUCCUGGUAGAAUACUUGAUUAGUAAUGCAUUCGUUCAGACGAUAACUCACAGCUAAUUGAGAAGCUUUGAGGACUCCCCUUUUGCAUCUUCUACAGGAGAAAUAGCACCUUUAUUAUGUCUGGAGGUGGAAGGUGAGCUGGCAUGCCCUGGAGGGCUGGAAUGGGACCCACCUACCACUGCCAUAGGUUUCUACAUUCCCCAUGUCUCCUAGUCUCGCUUCUGUAAUGCAGAAGUUGAAUGUGUCUUCCUUGUAACUUCUUUAGAGCAGAAAAUACAUUAUCUUUGUUUUUAUGCUUUCUUUUUGCCUCUGUUUCCAUUCUUCCUGUUUCCUGUUUUGCCUUUCCUCUCUUCAUUAAGCACCUCAUAGUUAUAUACUUAUAAGCUGGUGAGCACAUACUUGGAUCUAUUAGCUCUCAAUACUCCCUACUGAAGAUUCUCUUACAUGUGAAGACAUACUGUGCACUAUAUACUGUUAGACACAAGCUCUUUAUCAAGGAAGCUGUGAGAGAUCAGGUAGAUGCCAUUAGUGAUUUCUUCCUAUGUUAUACAAUGAGAUCAGUAAAACAACAUAAUACAAUUGUAUUUCACAAUGUAAAUGUAAAGCCUCGUUUAAUUUUAACAGUAUAUAUAAAGUAUGUAGCAUCAUUAAUUGUAUGUGAUAUGUGAGUGGGGGUAUACACACACAAAUAUAUAUACACAUACACACAUAUAUACACAUAUAUACUGUUAAGUACAUACACAUAAAUAGUAUAUACUAUAGUUUAUAUAGUACAUAUGUAUGCAUAUAUAAUGCAUAUAAUAUACAUUAUGUAAGAUAUAUUUUAUACUCACACAUGUGAGUAUUCUUUUCCUAUAAACUUUGAUAUUUUUUUAAUGCUUGGAAUAUUUUUGUUUUUAAUAUUUUUUUAAAUUAGAAUAUUCUCAAGUGAGUAUUUGAAUGUACUUGAGCAGUGUAAUACAAACAUCUCAGUAAGUUUCUAUACAGUUAUAGUAGUCGUUUGGAGCAGAAGUUAUAGAGUUUCAUAUUGGAUUUUGUACUUUUAUUGUCAGAUACAGUUUUACACACUUACCUAACACACUUCAUAAAGUUCAUAACAAUUGAAACAAGUAAAACAAUUAGCUUUAUAUCCCUUUUCAUAACAUGUUCAUUACCUGCAUUUUGUCCUCUUUGGAACAGAAUUUGAUUGUCUUUUUGCUUGCUUUUUGUGAUGAGAUCCAAUCUAGAGCUUUGGCAUACUAUGAAAGUGCUCUACCACUGAGCUACAUCCCCAGACUCCUAGAUUCUUGCUCCAGAUAGGGUCUCACUGUGUAGUCUAGGCUGACCUGGAAUUUUGUAGAUAUUCCAGGCUGACUUUCAACUCGUAAUCCUUUUAUUUUGGCAUCCUGAGUGCUGGGAUUUACAGAUCUGAAAGUUUUUUUUCCCUAAAACAGAAAUGGAUAUAAGAGGUCCUAGUAUUUUAGAGGUACUGCUGUUUUUAACUAUGCUUAUAAGAUUAUAUAUUAAUUAUGGUGAGGGGGAAAGCUUCUUAUAUUUAAGAAUCAUGCAAGGAAUUCCAAAAUCUUCAUACGCAUGGUUGCUUACAUAUGGUAUUAUCAAUAAUGAUAAUUAAAUAAUGACAUUGAAAAUCACCAUGACAACUGAAAAUGUGACAUAGUUAUAGAAAAACUGAUCCAUGUUGAUACAACUAUUGGCAAGGCAGGAAUAAUUAUAAAAAUAUGAGGCAGGCUCUUUGAUUCCAAAGGUAGCAGUACUGUUAAUGAGAAUGACAUAAUUGUACUCUAGAUGGCAAUACAACAAAGCUGAAUCUGGAAUUUCUCUGUUAAAUAUAUUGAGUGCAAGAGUAAGCAGUGAUAAAAUUUUGUAAACAUUUCUCAUCUUGGAGGUAAUUACAGGCAAGUAUCUAGAACUAAUGGUGUAAAUUAGAAUUAAGGUGUAUGUUGUGGUUAAAACUGCACAAAAGCUUGUGAAGUUCUUGACCGGUGUGAUUUUCUUCUACACAUGCUAGGCUAAAUAUUCAUUAGCUAAAUAUUUUUAAACUUCAUUGACUUUGAGGAUUUUCUUUAAAAAAUCAAGUUGUCUAAAGAAGUGCUUUUAGGGUAAAAGGUGUGUCCUGUAUUCUUUUUUAACAUUCUUGUGUUCAGAAGUCAGCAGGCCUUGCCUGUGUAAUGCAGGGUGUCUUAGGGUACCCCCACUCUUCCCACCUUCGCAUUUUCUAAGUCACUUGUAGUCUUGGUUUAGAACUUUACUUAGUGUUAUGUUCUUAAGAUUUCAAUGUUACUACAGUUGAUCCAUCGUAGGAAACAAUUAUUUUUUCCUGCAGCACUUUCUUUUCUGACCUUAUAUUUCCUUAGAUAGCAUCCUUGUCACUUCUUUUCUCCUAGAUAUUAAAAUCCAAAUCUGCUCUGUGCUUCGGAUUGUAGUUACCAGAGGGAAAUGAAUUUAAGUCUUUGUGCAGGGAUUUGUACAGUUUUCUUAUAGGUUAGAAAUGAUUAAGGCUGGUAAGUUAGAUUGCAGUUUUGUACGAGAUUGCUAAAUGCUUGAACUGAGUCAAUUCACUUGUUCAACAAUUAGAAGGCCCUAGUGGCUCAAAGUGAUAAUUAGCCCCAAAGUUUCCUGGUGGAGAAGUAGCCUCUGUGUUGCCAGCAGCGUCAGAACGUCUGCCAGUGUUUGAAAAGCAUUACCCUGGGACAUGUGGUCAUUGCUCUGACUCCCACGCUCAAAAGGAUCAUUUUAACUGGCAGUUCUUGUGAAUGGCAAGAUGGUGUAACAUCAAGGAAAUAUAACUGAUACCAUGGUGAAAAGGGAAAAUACAGAGGGGGGCGGUAAAGAUGGGUACAUGGUGAAACCGUCCACCCUGGUAGUUCCAAGAAUGAAGGAAGGCAUCUCAUCUCAGCCAUUUUGUAAGGAAGGCUGUGUGCACAGGGAACAAAAAGGAGUCAAAGCCUUUACUGAAGAGUAACAAAAGCCAUACAUUUCAAAAGCUUUAAGGCAUUUCAAUAAUUACUGACUGGAAGGCAUCUCAGCUAGGGAGCUUUUGCUCAUUUCAGGUAUUCCUUGUAUCCAUAAGUAGAAAAGACUAGCAAAAAUUAAUGUUAUCUUCCGACGGCAUGUUUAAGGAUGCCUGUAAUAAAAGAUGAAAGUGCAGAAAUAAAAGUAAUGUACAGAUAUUUAAUAAAUGUACAUUAGUGAAUACAGGAAUACAGUAUUGGGGUAAUAUGCUGUUUAUUGUAGUUUUGUUGGAUAUGUUGUUUAAUGGGGUAUCUUAAAUCAAGACAUAGAUGUUUAUAGUCUGUUUUUUAAGUUAUAGGGAAGUCAAACACUGAAUUAUACUCAUGUUCAGUGAACACAUCUACCAUUGUCAUGUGAAUGAGCCUCGUGGAAAGAUUAAGUGAUUGCUUUAUUAUGUUUAAUUUAGUUAUUGAAAGUUUUAUUGGCAUCCUAAACUGUGGACAUGGCUUUGGGAGGUUAGAUGGCUGGUCACAUGGGUUACAGACACAAACCACUGUACUGCUGGAGUGUUCUGUUUCUUUCUGAGAGCUCCAUACUGCAGUGCUGUGUCCUUAAGUAACUUUGUAAUGCUUGGAUGAGUCCCUCCUACUCCUGCUGACAUUGAACGAUCCUGAUACCUCUUGGCUGUGCUAGUUGGUCCUACUCAUGCCCUUGUAACAUUUUAAUAACAGUCUUUUGAGCUAUGACUAAGGGUCUUCUCUCACUAGUUUUGUACUUUAUAUAGUUUUAAGUCAAACAUUAGCCGUAUCACAUCUAAUUAUGGUAAUGUCUUACAUUGGUAGACCUAAUUGUUUCCCAGAGCAGUUUUGUAUGCAUUAUGUUAGUUCUCUUGGUAGAUGAGCAUAGAUGUUAUUGACUUCAUUUUGCUGAGGAUAGUCAGUAGCAGUGAUAUGGUAAAUAAGUGAGUAUUUUUGAUUUCUGGUCUGCAAUGCUUUCUAUAAGAUGAUGCAUCUAGUGAGUCCAUGAGGAAUGAGGAUGAACACCAAGUAAUACUUGCACAUAAGGAACAUGUAAAUGAUGCAACAUAGGAAGAUAAAAACGAAAGCCUUUACCACUUAAAACUGUAGUAUGAAUUUUUAUUUUGUUUUGUUCUGGGUUAACUAUAAAACAAGCAAAGGUCAGUAGCCCCAUGUUAUAAGUGAUAAGAAUUAAAAGAUGUUACUGUUUACUGAAGGACUCAUAACUAAUAAGGCAGCUAGUCAUGAACAAAUCUUUAAAAAAUUUUAAUUAUAUAUUUACUUUUCUAUGUGCCUGUACAUGGAGAUGUGUGUGUCUAUAUGUAUGUGUGUGUGUGUGUGUGUGUGUGUGUGUGUGUAUAGGUAAUUGGUGCAUAGUACAUGUGUAGAAGGCACAGGACAGCUUUGCAGAGCCAGCUCUCUUGCAGGUUCUGAGAGUGAAACUGGGUAACCAGGCGUUUGCAGAAGCCUUUUCUCCUGUCUUGCUGGCCCUUCUAACCGACCUGACUCUGGCUGAUCCUCCCACAAGCUGAUUCACUCCCACACCGCACCUUUUCUGCUCCUACUGUUUGAUCAAAAGAAAGAACCUACUUGUGUUUUCCUGAACAAGUGCUGUGAUGAAAUCUUUUAAGAUGGACAUUUAAAACAUUUUAAACUGUGGGUUCAUUUUCUGAAGGGAUUUUCACGUGUGUACUAACAGUGUUAUAUACUUAUAAAAUCCCAGUUGAGCAGUUUAAUGGUUUCUCUUUGAAUUUCUACCUCUUUGCCUUUCAAAAUAACAAUGAAGAACAUUUAAAAGGUUAGCAUAAUGAACUUAUAAUACUUUAUUGUUAGUAUUUAUUGCAUGCAUGUCUAUGAGAGAACUGGGCUGAGGUAUUAACUGUAUUCUUCAAAAAUACACUCUAAAAUGCUUUUUGUAACCCUCUUUAAUUUUUAAAAAUGAAAUAAUUAGGUGAUAUGUGGAGUUUAUAUCCAGUUGAUUGCCCUUUCUAGAAGCCUAGUGCUGGAAAUAGGAUUCAUUAGUAUUUACUAGUACUUUUUUCCUAUAUCAGUCACAAUUAGUAUCUAAUUGAAUGACUUUGGUUUAUAUUGUUUAUAUUGGCUAAGUGCUAUUAGAUGAUUUCUUAUCCCUUUAAAAUAGUUUUUGUUUUGUAUUAGAUAUAGUAAUAGUAUUAGAUGAGUCACUUUCCUAGUGUCCCAUCUACAUUCUGGUUAUGGUGUGUGAAAUACAAUUAUAUGGUAGAAAGAGGCCCUGACUGUCCCGUGAGGUCAGUGCUGCAGUCUUGAAAUCUCAUCUUAAUUGGAGGGUAUACCCUCAAGGUUAACGAUUCUCCAGAGUGUUUCAUCUUUAAUUUUGUACAUUUACAUGUAUUUGUGUAGAAUAAAAUAUCUAUCAGAUAUGUGUAAAAUAUCUAUCAGAAAGUUUGUAAUAAUAGCAGUUAGUGUAUAAGGUGCUGUGCACUAUUUGCCUGAAAAAUUGAAGUGUGUAACUUGACAUUAUAUAGUUUAAAAGCAAAACGUCAAUAGAAUCACUAAUUGAACAAUUUUGUAAGCCUUUAUGGAAGAAUAUCCUAUUAAAUGUCUCAAACUUUCUCUUUCUGUAAAUUGACAUGAAUCAUCUUUAUUGUAUAUGUAUUUUGAUUCAUGUUUGCAUUGUAAACUGGGUAAGUCAGGCCAGUUAACAUUGUUCUCUACAGUGAGAAAGAACACCUGAAAUCACAAAGCACUUAAGUGUGUCUUGCACAGGGUCUGCCUAAUCUACCUGUGUCCUGUCAGCUGUAGUGCAAGCGUUGACCUGAGCACCUGGCUGUAUUUCAUAGUUGAAGUUUAUAUUCUUUGGACAGUCUUAAAAUAAGCAUUGGUUGAAUGACAACACCCUUGUAGGGAAGUGGCUAAGUGUAAAAGUCAGCCGUUCUCAUGAAGUGACAACUGCUCACGUGGCCAGCACCCAGGAAAAGUAGAAAUGAAGGUGCAUAUACACACAAAGUUUUGCCUCAUCUGUUUACUGACAUUUAUUUUCCAUCAUUGCAACCACUGCCAUGAAGACCAUGACCAUGGCCCUGAGGAGCUUCACAGACAUCAUCGUGGGAUGACAGAGUCAGAGUCAAGCAAAUUUUCAGUGCAGGAUGCUGAAAAUGAAAAAAAGUACUAUAUUGAAAAACUUUUUGACCGUUAUGGUGAAAAUGGAAGAUUAUCAUUUUUUGGUCUGGAGAAACUUUUAACAAACUUGGGCCUUGGAGAGAUCAAAGUCGUUGAGAUUAAUCACGAGGACCUUGGCCAUGAUCAUGUUUCUCACUUAGACAUUCUGGCAGUGCAAGAGGGAAAGCAUUUCCAUUCGCAUACCCACCAGCAUUUUCACAAUCAUUUAAAUGCAGAAAAUCAUACUACAACCAGUGUGACAUCAAAAAGAAACCACAAAUGUGAUCCAGAGAAAGAGGCAGCUGAACUGCCCAUCAAAGCUGAUGAUAAACACCUGCAUGACCGCAAUCACCGCUUCCAUCAUCGCCAUCGUUUGCAUCAUCACCUGGAUCACAACACUACUCGUCACGUUCAUAAUGACUCCGUUGCUCACAGUGAGCAUGGGGAGCCCGGUCACAGCCCUUCACCAGAGACCAAUAAAACACAAGAGCAGUCUGAAGUGAAGUCAGUGAAGGUCAGGAGGAAAGAAAAAGGGAAGAGGAAGAAAGAAAACUCGGAGGUUAAUACACCAGGUUUCCUCCCCAACCAUGAUCACAGUGAACAAUAUGAGCAUAACCGGGUUCACAAACUUGACCGUGUACAUAGCCCUGGCCAUCCUCAUGCGCAUCUUCCUGAGCACAGUGGUCAUGAGCUUGGCCAUGGACACCAAGAACUUGAUCCUGAUAAUGAAGGUGAACUUCGACAUACUAGAAAGCGAGAAGCACCACAUGUUAGAAAAAGUGCAAUUUAUUCCACCCCUAGCCACAAAGACCAGAGUGAAGACGACCGCCAGCAUGAAUGUUUGAACGUCACUCAGUUGUUAAAACACUUUGGUCUUGGUCCGAACUCUCCCAUCUCACCGGAUCUAUUCACGUACCUUUGCCCUGCAUUGCUGUAUCAGAUCGACAGCAGACUUUGUAUUGAACAUUUUGACAAACUUUUAGUUGAAGAUUUAAAUAAGGAUAAAACUCUGGUUCCUGAAGAUAAGACAAAUAUAGGGGCAUCGGCGUGGAUCUGUGGCAUCAUAUCUAUCACCGUCAUUAGUCUGCUUUCCUUGCUGGGUGUGAUUUUGGUUCCCAUCAUCAACCAAGGAUGCUUCAAAUUCCUUCUCACGUUCCUUGUUGCACUAGCAGUAGGAACAAUGAGUGGAGACGCCCUUCUGCAUCUACUGCCCCAUUCUCAGGGUGGACAUGACCACAGUCAUCAGCAUACGCACGGACAUGGUCAUUCACAUGGGCAUGAAUCUAAGGAGUUUUUGGAAGAAUAUGAUGCUGUGUUGAAAGGACUUGUGGCGCUAGGAGGCAUUUACUUACUGUUCAUCAUAGAACACUGCAUUCGAAUGUUUAAGCACUACAAGCAACAAAGAGGAAAACAGAAAUGGUUUAUGAAGCAGAGCACAGAAGAAUCCACUAUUGGAAGAAAGCUUUCAGAUCAUAAGUUAAACAGCACACCGGAUGCUGACUGGCUCCAACUCAAGCCCCUUGCUGGAACGGAUGACUCGGUAGUCUCUGAAGACCGGCUUAAUGAGACUGAACUGACGGAUUUAGAAGCCCAACAAGAAUCCCCUCCUAAAAAUUACCUGGGUGUGGAGGAAGAGAAAAUCAUGGACCAUUCUCACAGUGAUGGACUGCACACCAUUCAUGAGCACGAGGUCCACGUGACCUCACAUAACCACCAUGAUGAGGAUAAAGCAGUGCUGAGGAAGCACAGCCACCAGUGGCACCACAGACACGCCCAUCAUUCUCACGGGCCCUGCCACUCCGGCUCAGACCUGAAGGAAACAGGAAUAGCCAAUAUAGCCUGGAUGGUGAUCAUGGGUGACGGCAUCCACAACUUCAGUGACGGCCUCGCCAUUGGGGCAGCUUUCAGCGCGGGGCUGACUGGAGGCAUCAGCACAUCCAUAGCCGUCUUCUGUCAUGAACUGCCACAUGAAUUAGGUGAUUUUGCAGUUCUUCUAAAAGCAGGCAUGACCGUAAAGCAAGCAAUUGUGUACAAUCUGCUCUCUGCCAUGAUGGCUUACAUAGGAAUGCUCAUAGGCACGGCAGUCGGUCAGUAUGCCAACAACAUCACACUCUGGAUCUUCGCAAUCACUGCCGGCAUGUUCCUCUAUGUGGCCUUGGUGGAUAUGCUUCCAGAAAUGCUGCAUGGAGAUGGUGACCAUGAGGAGCAUGGCUUCUGUCCAGUUGGGCAGUUCAUUCUUCAGAAUUUAGGACUGCUGUUUGGAUUCGCCAUCAUGCUGGUUAUUGCCCUCUAUGAAGACAAAAUUGUGUUUGACAUCCAGUUCUGACCAUUCCCAGCAUCUCUGUUGAUUGCGAGAAUGCUCGUGCAGCUUGCCUCUGUUCCUUGUACUGUAUGCACGUCGCUCAGAGAAUCCAGUGGCCUGCACUAUUUACAGGUUCUGUAGAUUUGAGCCUAACCACGAAAGACUGGUGUUCAGUACUGUUUUCUCUGCAUGAAUGGGUCUUUUAAAAGUUUGCGAUAAAGUCAGAACAUGGAACUCCGUGUACCAAUAUUGAUAGAAGUUUAAGAGAAUCAUAUAAAACACUAGUCUUUUUAUUAGUAGAAACUUCUGUUGCUAUGCAGAAAUAGAAAUUAAACCAAAAAAAUCAUUUAAACUUUAAAAAUAUUUUAAAUGGACAUUGAGCAGACAUUUUUGCGUGUGUGCUAUGAAUGAUUUUAGUGCCCUCUAUUCAGCUAAAUACAUACAUAUGGGAUUAAUAGGGAUCAACUUGACACAACUUUGAAACUGUAUAAAGUUGAUUUUAGGAACUAGAGGGAAGCCCAGGCUGCACUAGAGUAUGGAUUUAGCAUUGGGGAAAGCCCUUAUUCUUGAAUCUAGAGUUACUAUUUUUGUAUAUAUUUGCAUAGUGUUCAAACUUGCAGCCUAAACUACUGAAAUUUGUGAUUGUAUGUUUGUGUGAACUUCAGUUUAAUGAAAGAUUCAUAAUGGUUCUUUGCAUACUAUACUUGGUGUUGGAUUUUUCUUUUUAACUUUGUUUUUAUGGGGGGGGUGAGUCAGAGGAUGUAGUCAGAUACCUUUUUCUUAACAUUACUGCUCUAGAAAAAUAUCAAACAAAUGGCAUUCCAUUUCCCUAGUACUAACUAGGUUAAUUGGAAAUUUUAAGUUCUGGGUGUUCAUGUUAUUUUACCAGUUUGGCAUUUGGAACUCGGAGCACAUGCUGUGGCUGGUAGUAAAAGCCAAGUUUGCCAUGCCUAUAGUCUGUAUAUAGAAUGUCAGCUAAAUGCUUACUGCACUGGUACCAUAGCUACUUUGGUACCAAGUAUAUGACUAAGCCAAAAUCACUUCUAUCAUUUUGUGCCAAGAUACACUGCUGGUGCCUGAAAUGGAGCGGUCAGUGUUUGGGUGCCUGCUCUUACACCACUGGGGCAGUGAUGUGUGAGAAGUCUAAGUCACGUUUCGUCUGAUUGUGACUCAUAACUUGUAGACUAGUCAUGUGCAUACAGCUGUUUACAUCCCAUGCCACCCACUCUUCAUUUAUACAGGCAAAUGUCUGAACCGUGUGCAGCUAGCUCUAUUUUAACUGCUUGGCAGCCAGGAUAUCCCUUGGGAAAAACCACAUAAGAGCCAAACCCUGGCCUUUCCAUUUUAAAUAUUUUUAUUCAGUCCCUUCUCUGGUUCUUUUCCUCUUACUCUGAUUUUCCUUUUAAGACAAAAACAAAAAUUUGAGGGCAACACAUGCGACCAGGUGUCAGAGGUCAAUCUCCAAUAUUUCUUUGAUAUGUUAUAAGCAAGGGUUAUUUGGUCUUACAGCAGUUGUCUCUUUCUCAGCCCUCCUUGCAGUAAGUGGUUUUGCACACAAGUUUUCAGCACUGGGCAUGCCUAUGACAGUCAUUACUUCACCUCAUUGCUUGGCCCUUUGAGCAACCUUGCUAAAAGGUGCUGGUGUGCUCAGUGCUGUCAACUUCAAGUGACUGGGAUAUUUUGCUUUCAAAACCAAGAUACACUUAUCCUUCAGUUUUGAGUUUGAUUUUCAAGGAGGGUUGUGCAUUCCAGCAUUACAUCUCCUUCAUUUCAAACAACUGCGGGAAUAUACUCCCACUCUAAAAUGCUUCACAAAGCUGUUAUGCCUACAAUAUACAAAGUUUUAUAUUCUCAAACAAAUGGUAUUAUCUUUAUUUGCUAGAUUUUCUUAGUCAUUUCAGGGGGCUUUAACAGUUGCUGCUAGUAUUUUGAUAGUGUUCCACCAGUAUUUAGUUUUUACAUCAUUCUAGUGUAUAGUUUCAGGUCUCAUUAGACAAUCCUAAUUCCACUACAUUUCUGUUUGACUCCAACAUUCCACUUAGCUUGACUAGCCUAAUUUUAACAUGCUUGUUGGAGGUCACCAAUAUUACUUGUAUGAUGCUGUCACCAUGUGACAUCCAUAAAGAUUUUGGUGUAUACCACAUUGCAUUCAACCAGCUGUGAUUAUGCUUAGAAAUACUAUAGUAACUAGAUGCAGUGUGAACCUUUUCCAUUAACAGUAAGUCAGUGGCUUCAAUGUGAUUAUGGUCCUGCAAGGUGAUACUUGCUAAAAUAUCUAAACAUUUUUGUUGUUGUGACUGAAUCAUUUUUUUUUAAAUUUAUAAAGCUGGAAGUGAUGAAAUGCUGUUUUUUCAUUGUCAACAGUGGUGUGUCAUUUUAUAUAUGUUCCUAAUGCUUACGGAACUCUCCCAAAAUAAAGUUAUUCAGAAAGUG